GUGGCAACUUGUUGACCUGCAGGCAAUUGCACGGGUUCUGAGGAAGUGGGAACGUGUGGUUCCCCAUCCUCAUAUUGCUGAGUUUUGCGGGAUACUAGUGGACGGGAUUUCUUUGCCUGCCUUCGUGAGGCCCAUGUAUCCUUACAGUGCCAACCAGUAUUUGGAAGCGAGACCUUGUGCUCAGAUUGCACCUAUACUUCACGAUGUCGCAGAUGCGUUGGAAUUUAUGCAUGGUCAGACGCCUGUCGUAGUUCAUGGGAACAUCAGGGCUGCCAACGUGUUGAUCAGGGACAACGGACAAGCCGUGUUGGCUGACAUCGGCAUGAAUGCAUCCGACUUGACUCAGAUGCCGCACCGUCUGCCUGCGAGCUACAGAUCUAUCGCCAUCGGUCAGCAGUGGCUUGCGCCUGAGAUCAUCUUGUCUGGCAUGAAGCUACGAGCCAGUACGCAGGCGGAUGUCUACAGCUUUGGGAUGAUGUCUUGCGAGUUAUAUACCGGUGGUCCCCCGUACGGCUACAACAAGAACGUCUUUGACAUGGCCGAGAUAUGCAAAAACUCUUCGGAGCGCCCGAAACGCCCCAAAGAUUAUAGGCUUACCGACUAUAUGUGGCAAAUCAUAUGCAACUGUUGGCAGUCCGACCCUCGAGGACGGCCGCGGAUUCAGGAGGUAUCCUUACAGUUGGAGAACGGGAUCAAACUUGGCUGGGUGGGCUGAACCAGUACCUCAGACUGGUAAUGACCCGUAGCGCACAGCACGAAAGUUUAUGAACAAUUCUAUCUCUAUUUUACACGUAGUACAAUUUGCACAAUGCAGUUCCAGGUAUAUGAUGGGUGGCGUCAGGACGAAUGCGAAGUCUUUUGAUCGCUGUUGCUCGAGCUAUGGCUGCUGUGGCUGCUGUGGCUGCUGUGACGGUUGUUGCUGAUCUG